AUGGCUCGAACCAUCAAUCUGGAAUUUGCCCUUCUGAGCGCUGGCUCUGAAUGUGAAGCUGACCUACUUCCUUUCCUUCACGGGACACUAGGGAACACUGGCGAGCAAAUCCGCGACCACAAGAUCGCAUGCUCAAUCAUCAACCUGCACGGCACCGAGGACGCAGUGUUCGAUCAGAGCUGCUUGGAUCUCCUCAAGCGCUUCACCGACGACGUGUCCAUGGCCAACCGCAACGACGUCCUUGCGGAACACGGCUGGAUCGACGGACCUGGCGACAGGCCCGGCCAGCAGGCUGUGCAGCAGAAUAGAAGUCUGGCGGGGUUGUUGGUUGCUCGGUACGGGACGGGGGAUCCUGCUUUGGACCAGAGGGAUUGGGAGCUUUUGAAGGAGUGGAUGGAUAAGGGGAUGCCGGUUGGGGAACAUGUUCAGAGAUGA